ACAACUCGCGCCGCGCAAAAGACGCCUGUUAGUAAAUGUUUGUGGAACUGAUAACAGCGCAUCCUUAAGCUUCCUGCCGGACGAUUUACUGUUACACACGCACCGGGAUCAGCUGUGAUCAUCUGCCUGUUUUCAACGCGAAUAAACCUUUAUCCCGGUGAAAGAUGCCUAAGAAGAAGACUGGUGCCCGUAAAAAGGCCGAGAGCCGAAAGGAGCGAGAGAAACAGAGUCGGGCCAAUAGAGAGGCUAUUGAUGUGGCCAAACACCCAUGUAAUGGAACCAUGGAGUGUGAUAAGUGUCAAAGGCGGCAAAAGAACCGAGCCUUCUGCUAUUUCUGUUCUUCAGUGCAGAAGCUUCCCACGUGUGCGCAGUGUGGCAAAACGAAAUGUAUGAAGUCUUCAGACUGUGUCAUAAAACACCCCGGCGUUCACAGCACUGGAAUGGGCAUGGUGGGAGCCAUCUGUGACUUCUGCGAGGCCUGGGUGUGUCAUGGGAAGAAGUGCUUGAGCACCCACGCCUGCUCCUGUCCUCUGUGUGACGCAGACUGCAUCGAAUGCGACCGCAGCGUUUGGGAACACGGUGGACGCAUUUUCCGCUGCUCUUUUUGCGACAACUUCCUGUGCGAGGAUGAUCAGUUCGAACACCAGGCGAGCUGCCAGGUCUUGGAAGCAGAGACUUAUAAAUGUUUAUCUUGCAAUCGUCUUGGACAGCACUCUUGUCUCCGGUGCAAGGCUUGUUUCUGUGAUGAUCACGCUCGAAGCAAAGUGUUCAAGCAGGAGAAAGGCAAGGCUCCUCCGUGCCCAAAGUGUGGACAUGAAACUCAGGAGACCAAAGACCUCAGCAUGUCCACCCGAACCCAUAAAUUUGGCCGGCAGACCGGCGAAGACGAUUACGGUGCGUCCGGAUACAGCUCCUACUGGAAAAAUCUGGAAUCUGGAGGGGGAUACCGAGACGAGGAGGAUAAUGAAGAUGAUGAUGACUACGAUGAUGACGAUGAUGAUGAAGAGGAGGAGGAAGAUGAUGACGAUGAAGAGGAAGACAAUCCUGAGGUUGAGGAUUCAGUCUCAAAUCUGAGCUUGGGAGCGAGUGGAAAGACCCAAUAAAAAGCUGUAGACGAGUCAGAAACUCAGAUAUAGACGGAGCCGUGGAGUCGUCGAAGAAAAGAGAAAAACACGCGAGCGUUGCGGUCACAAGCGUCAGAUAUUUGGCCUUUUACUAAUUAAGGUUUUCUGCCUAAUGAAAUGGAGACUGCGUUGAUAUGUGUGCAUAAUUGUAGUGCAAUUUCUGACAUUUUUGAAUUGCAAAUAUAUCUGAAGAAAUGUUUUUAAAA